AUGCCCACGGUGCCGGUGCCUCGCCCAGCCUACUCCCAGGCCAGAGAGAAUCUGGUGAAGGCCAUCCCACCCAAGAUCAUUUGCCUACUGGCCUGCGGAGGAUGGGACUGCCGCUAUGAAGGACCAGCCUGCUGGAGGCCCAGCCAACAAGCUGUACAGGGACUCUUCUCACACUGGGUGACUGAUGACAUUGUGGCCAUGGCACGACCCUCUUCUCACCUCAUCAAGAAAUACAACAUCAUAGAGCAGUUCCAACGGCUGAACAUCAAGUCCAUCAUCAACAUGCAGUUGCCUGGGGAGCAUGCUCACUGUGGCCCUCCACUGGAGCCAGACACUGGAUUCACUUACUCCCCACAAACCUUUAUGGAGAAUAAUAUCUUCUUCUUCAACUUUGGCAUGCCGGACUUCGGUGUGUCGUCUCUCGUGGGGAUGAUGGAUGGAGUAAAGGUGUUAGCCUUCGCUGUGAAAGAAGGGAAGGUGGCGGUGCACUGUCACGCAGGCUUGGGGAGGACAGGUGUCCUGAUAGCCUGCUACCUGGUCUACACUCUGCGUGUGAGCCCCAGUGAGGCGGUCCACUACGUGCGUAUCAAACGUCCCUGUUCCAUCCAGACCAGGGACCAGAUCAGCCUGGUGUUUGACUUUGCUCGUCUUCUGGGCCCUCAGCUGGCCCAGUACCCUGACUUCAGCCUGCGCCACGGGGCCCAGUUCACCCUGCUGCAGUACCUGCACCGUCAGGCCCUCCUCCUCCAUGGCCAGGAGGCCCGCACCCUCAGGCACACUCCCAAGGUGGUGUACCUGCUGUGUGGCCGUCUUACUGCCCUGGCCUUGGGCCUGCCUGCCUCUCCGGAGGUGCAUGCUGAGCUGGAGAGAAGGGCCGAACUGCGGGCCCUUGGCAGGGCUGUGAGGGAGACCCUGGUGGCCAAGCAGUACCUGCCCCUGCACCGUGAGGUCCAUAGGGGGUCCUGGGGAGGGUCAGGGUCUGUGUCCUCCUGGGAUGAACCAGAGGGGUUUCUGGAGAGGAAGAGACAGGUACUGCUGGAUAAACGCAGCUACAGUGACUCAGACCUCAGCAAGAUCACUGUAAAACAGGUACGUAAAAACCAGCGUAAGUCCGGACAGGCCUCAGUGGCUCGGGCAGUUGCCAAGGAGAUGGCAGAUCUAAACCCCCCUGGAGAGUCUGUUCUACAGAGGACAGCACUGCUACAGGAGGAGCUGAACAGCAGUGAGUGUGCCUGGGCUCUACUGGUCACAGAGUCUGAUCCGCACGUACUCAGCUGUCUAUUGUGGACCUGGCUGGAGAAACUCAAGGAGCCUGUUCUGAGUGCAGAUGACAUAGAGAGGUUGACCUCAGUAUCUCAACACGUGAACCAUCUCAGUGUGUUAACGAAGCCCCAGCGCCACACCAUGUCCUGUUUGCUGGGUUGUGUGGGUCAGGUGACCAGUCUGUGUCCUCAGAGAGAGGAGGCUGUGCUACGACGCCUGAUACAAGCACUCACCAGGCACCCUCAGGAGGAGAUGGAGAGCUAUAAAGUCCUGAUGAGAAUCCUCAAGUCCAGCAUCAGACAAACACUCCAUAACCAUAACUCCCUCACACAGACCUCAGACUACACAAACACCUGCUCAAGAAGAGGAAACAAUUGA